AUGGAGUUGUGUUCCGAUGAUCUCAAGAAUAUACUUAAAAUGAAACCACAAUUCUUUGGGCGACAAAAUGGAGAACCAAUGGAUUUAUACGAGUACUUCAUUUCGUGUGAACUAUUCCGAGAGAUUUUAGAACGUGUUCAGUAUUUGCAUGAAUUGGAUCCACAGAUCAUCCACAGAGACCUCAAACCGGAAAACAUAUUGAUUGAUAGGCAUGGGAGGGACGUUCACGACAAACGUAUUCACGGCCAGACUAGAUACAAACAUACGGCAGAUGUCGGGGAUAUCCACUAUGAGGCACCGGAGUCCAAUACCAUAUUCUACCGAUACGACCAAUUUUAAUCUACUUAAUGCACGGG